AUGAAGAUUCAGAUUCCAGCCAUGUACGUGAACUCCAAUUCUGCCCUGGCCCUGUUCUUCUGGAUUGGUGGAAUAUUCAUCGAAAUGGGGUUGCUGCUGAAUUUCGUUAUGAUCCAGCCCUUCACAGUGGACUCCUGCUGUGUCCUGGUUCUUUGUCUAGGUAUUGUGGCUGUCGAACAGUUUAAUGGAUCCCUGCGCAUGCGAAAUUGGCUCCUGACAGCCACGGCAUUCAUUUCUGCAGUCAUUCUGCUGCUACGGUACGUGCUUCUGAUCCCAUUUGCCCAGGAGUGGAUCAGUGGUCCGCACUCACCACUGCCAAAAGAGCAGUUUCAUCUUGUAUGGAAGGCAGAUUGA